AUGGGACGCCGUCCACUCGACCGCCUGGCUGUCCUCGGCCGCGCCCGUCGCCAGCACGAGGACUGGUUUGAUGGCAACGACGCAGCUAUAAGUAACCUGCUCGCCAUGAAGAACAGGCUGCUUAGAGCCUUUCUGAACAGUUCAAACGACGCGAACAACGCGGCUUUCUACCAGUGUCGCCGCCUGGCGCAGCAACGGUUGCAAGAAACACAGGACUACUGGAUGGCUCGCAAGACGGAUGAGACCCAGGAAUACGCCAACCGCAACAAAUCAAAGAACUUCUUCACUGCGAUCAUGGCGAUCUACGGUCCCCUCAACCAAAGGAGACGCAACGCCUCUCAGCUCCGAUGA